AUGGAAGGCCAGAGGGAGGCCGCCAAGGGAAGACCGCGCGCUCAGCCAACAGUCCCUAUCCAACAGGACUUUCUUUUUGUCGAUGCGGCUCAGGCGAAGACAUCCCGCCAAGGUCGCCGAAAUGCUCGCUCUUUUGUCAUGCAAAAGGCGCGGAGGGAACGCCCAUGGUCCACAAGCAAACAUGCCGCGAAUCAAAGAAAGACAGGGAGUCCAGAGAGUACAAGUCCCAAGAGUGCGGGGACCCCCGAUUCAUUACUCACACCAAACACGGCAACGCCAAGCCCUCCAAUUGUUUCCAGUGGAAUCGAUUACUUUGCCAUCGUGGGUCAGAACAAUUACAAGGGGGAGUUUUGUCCAGGCUGCCAGAUCUUGUUUUGUCGCCCUGGGCAAAGGCUAUGCCCAAGAUGUCUGUUACUCAAGCCUGCAGCGCCUGCAGAAGGCCCCAACAGCCGACUAUUCGACCCUUUCCGAACCUCGUCAGUGGACGUCAAUGGAAGUGUAUCGGUACUUCUGGGACACUUUGUGACUGAAAUGGCGCCCGGUAUCAUUGCCGUCGACAUCCGACACCGUUCCACAUUGAUGAAGUCAGAUUGGUUCGGCACAGCGAUGAGCAAUCCGGGAUUCAUGCAUAGCUUACUGUGCACCGCGGCGCUGCAUCUGUACAUUGUUGGCAGAGGUUCCAUUGAAACAAUCUUGCACCAUCGAGCACAGGCCAUAGCUUCGAUCAACGCGGCCAUCUCGAACCCAGACACGGCGAUUGGAAUAUCGGAUGCAAAUAUUGGCGCGGUAUUCAACCUUCUAACUGUAGAGGAGGGUCUCUUAUUACCCUUUUUCGAGCAGGAGAAACUAGAUGAAGACCAACCAAAUCAACGUGCAAUACACCUAAAUGGAAUGCGCAAAAUGGUUCAACUGCGCGGAGGCCUCAUGGCAAUUAACUCAAAUCGCAUCUUGCAAGCCUUUAUACUUUGGCACUCAACCGCCCACGCCAUAGCUUCCUUCGAAGCGCCAAACCACUCGACUUUGGACUACAUAAGCACUGCAAGCUUUCCUCGACAUCCCCCGGGAUAUCGACCGAACAUCUCACAGCAUCUCAUCGACUACUGCCGAAAUACAGGUGUCAAGGAGUCUCUUACCGACUUGGUCGAAUCAGUUCUCAUACUAAUUGCCGACCUCAACGUAUGGUUUGGAGAUCCAAAUAGCCCACUCGACCCUCUUGAUAUCCAGAACUUCUCGUGUGUUUUGGAAUGCAUGCUCCUCAAAUGGUUGCGCGAGAAUGAAUACCUCAUCACACCACUCGAAGCCGCCCUUUGCGUCGCGCUCCUCAUUUUCACUGUGCGCACCACCGAAGCCAUGAAGCGGCAAUCCGAUAUCCAUCUGCUUCAUUUUACUGCAAGCAAACGGCUCGAAAAGGCAUUGAACUGCACAACUCGCUCCGAAUGGCAUUACUGCCCCGAUCUUCUCUUGUGGAUUCUUUCCAUCGGUGCGAUAUCAGCCGAAGGCUCAGCCGAAAGUAAUUGGUUCGUCUACCAGACAUCGCUCGCAUGCGCUGAAUUUGGAAUCCUCUCGGCACAAGCGCUACUCGAGCGACUACACAUCUGCGGCUGGGUCAGUUACAAGCUUAGUGAAGCUGUAUGUCAUUUGUGGGACAGGAUUGUUCAUCUCAGGCUCGAGCCAUACUUCGAAGGCCCUUCAAAAGCUGAAGACGCCAACAGUCCCGUUGGACCACUGCAGCACUCUGUUGCAGAACCGGACUUCGUGGAGUGGGAGAGCAUUGACUGGGCUGCACUAAGCCUAGGAUCCGAUACUCUGAACGAAUCUGAAUCUCCGGCGAUCGGCAACAUUGGAAAUGGAGCAUGGGGGUCUGCGACUGGAUGGCCAGACGAAGCUCUGUAUGAUCUUGGAUCUGGCUACGGCUUUGUAUGUUCGAUUCACAUAUCGUUUUCUUGUCCCACACUGCUUACGGGUCCCUGCUGGUGUUCCUGCUAA